AUGGCAUCUUCUGUACCCGGACCUUUAGCACUUCCAGAUUCUCGUUGGAAUCUCUCCACGUACUGGGGGAGAGUACGUCACUGUGCUGAGAUUUCUGAUCCCAGCAUGCUGUUUACUACGGAUGCUGAUCUCCAGAGAGCUCGUGGUAUCAUUAGUAGUUAUCGUAAUGGCGAAUUAAAGAGUACGACUUCCGAAUUUUGGAACGCCAAAAGACAAUUGGAUUCUACGGUGCAUCCAGAUACUGGUGAAACCGUUUUACUACCGUUCCGUAUGUCAUGUUGUGUUUUGUCAAAUUUGGUGGUUACCGCUGGUAUGUUGACACCAAAUUUGGGGACCAUGGGUACUCUUUUCUGGCAAUGGGCCAAUCAAUCUGUUAAUGUAGCCGUUAAUUCCGCCAAUGCGAACAAAUCACACCCAAUGUCGAUGUCACAGCUGGCCACUAACUAUACAGCUGCGGUGACAGCUUCUUGCGGUGUGGCUAUUGGUCUUAACAAGGUAGUACCGAAGUUGAAAGGUAUUAAACCUCACACGAGGUUGAUUUUGGGUCGUUUGGUGCCAUUUGCCGCUGUAGUCACUGCCGGUGUGGUUAAUGUGUUUCUAAUGAGAGGAAAUGAGAUUAAAAAAGGUAUUUCAGUUUACGAUCAAGAGGGACAAGAACUUGGUAAAUCUAAAAGGGCCGCUAUGAUGGCCGUUGGUGAAACUGCAUUGAGUAGGGUCAUCAAUGCAACACCAAUCAUGGUUAUUCCACCAUUAUUGCUAGUCCGUUUACAGCGCGGAUUACUACGUGGGAAAUCUUUAGGAUGGCAAACUGCUGCUAAUUUAGGUAUUAUUGCCGCAACUUCAUUUACAGUUCUUCCCUUGGCGCUUGCGGUUUUCCCUCAAAGACAGGCAAUUCAUCUGAACAGAUUAGAACGUGAAUUGAGAGGUGACCAUGAUGAGCAUGAACUAGUAUAUUUUAACAGGGGUAUGUAG